GGCAGAGCGGACCGAAAGCAACAGAUCCAGCAACAGAUCCAGCAACAGAUCCAGCAACAGCGCCCUCGACAGGGUGGGGGUGGAAUCACAGCCAGACCGCAGCAAGAGAUUCAGCUUCAACUCAUCACACAUGGACACACUACACGUCACUAACACACUGCUCAGGAGUGGGAGUCAGCCAGCCAACCUGGAGAAUCUGGGCAGAAGACCCUCGAUCCAAUCAGCACAGUCUGAAAGCAACCUACGCACAGGUGCUCCUCAUAGCGGUGAAUCAGAGGCCGUAGGCCCCGCUCCCAUUUCCCCAGUGUUCCGAACGGGUAGCGAACCCCUGAUCAGCCCCUCAGCCCUCAGACACACACGGCCCUCACACCCAGGUGGAGGUGUGACGCUGCGAGGUUCUGACGGACAGCUGCACCCCCGAGCCCCGCCCAAACCCUUCAGAGUGUCCACCUUCUUCCCCGGGACUCCUCCCAACCGUCACCAUGACGACCCCUAUGACGAGCUGGUCAUCCAGGUGCCUGAAUCAAAAAAGCGGGGCCACGUGGACAGGCUGCGUGCGGAGGAGAAGUGGCAGAGCAGAGCCCGUCUCACUGAGACAUCCUUCAGCUUCCUGGAGGCACAGGAAAGCGGGGAGUUGCCUGGUUACCAAUUGACGGACAGGUCCAGGAGGAAGAGGAGGAUUCACACUUUCAGAGGCCGCAGGUUUGUUGUUGUUGGGUGUUGUUUAUUUUAUUAGAUUUACAAUGAACAGCAUUGUGAUGUAGGGGAUUCUAUUAGAUGUUUAUUGGACAGCAUUGUGAUGUAGGGGAUUCUAUUAGAUGUUUAUUGAACAGCAUUGUGAUGUAUGUGAUUCUAUUAGAUGUUUAUUGAACAGCAUUGUGAUGUAGGGGAUUCUAUUAGAUGUUUAUUGGACAGCAUUGUGAUGUAGGGGAUUCUAUUAGAUGUUUAUUGGACAGCAUUGUGAUGUAGGUGAUUCUAUUAGAUGUUUAUUGGACAGCAUUGUGAUGUAGGGGAUUCUAUUAGAUGUUUAUUGAACAGCAUUGUGAUGUAGGUGAUUCUAUUAGAUGUUUAUUGAACAGCAUUGUGAUGUAGGGGAUUCUAUUAGAUGUUUAUUGGACAGCAUUGUGAUGUAGGGGAUUCUAUUAGAUGUUUAUUGGACAGCAUUGUGAUGUAGGGGAUUCUAUUAGAUGUUUAUUGAACAGCAUUGUGAUGUAGGUGAUUCUAUUAGAUGUUUAUUGAACAGCAUUGUGAUGUAGGGGAUUCUAUUAGAUGUUUAUUGGACAGCAUUGUGAUGUAGGGGAUUCUAUUAGAUGUUUAUUGGACAGCAUUGUGAUGUAGGGGAUUCUAUUAGAUGUUUAUUGGACAGCAUUGUGAUGUAGGGGAUUCUAUUAGAUGUUUAUUGAACAGCAUUGUGAUGUAGGUGAUUCUAUUAGAUGUUUAUUGAACAGCAUUGUGAUGUAGGGGAUUCUAUUAGAUGUUUAUUGGACAGCAUUGUGAUGUAGGGGAUUCUAUUAGAUGUUUAUUGGACAGCAUUGUGAUGUAG